GAGGGGAACCGCUUGAUGGCAGCCCCGUUCCGCUCCCCUCCUCGCCCCGCCGGCCUGCCCUUCAUCUCCUGGUCUCCUCUUCCUCGCCGUGUGUCCCCUCUCCUGAUGCCAAUCGCUGUAGGGAAGGAGCCAGCCUGUGCUGGUCAUCCCCAGAGAGCGUGGUCCCCCUGGCAAGAAGACAACGAGGGGCAAGCAACAUCUUCACCAUCCCUGGGGCAACUGUGCUGGCAGACAUCCCCCUGGCAUUAAGCUUUUAGAAGCUAUGGAAGAUGCUAAUUAGCCCAAGGUGCUGGGAUGUGUCAGCACCCCUUCUUGGUUUUUUUUAUCAGGGCAUUCCUAUUUUCUUGUGAGUUUUCAUGGAUUUAGAGACUCAUGCUUUGAAACACUUGUGGGUUUGUUCAUUUGAUUGGCUUUUCCUUCUUUGCUGUAGCAUAACUGGAUAAUCCCUGCUCAACACUCUCUUGGCUAAGCCAGGAAGGGUAUCCAGCCUGCAUGGACAGAGCAACAUUUGCCUGUUCCACUGCCUUCUUCCGUGACUACAGCAGCUCGUCUCAGGGUGCAUCCUGCCUCCCCGGAGGGCAGGUUGACUACAUUGAAAAAGUAGAAUCAUUCACCUACUCAGAUUUUUUCAGGGAUUAUUUGAUUCCCAACCAUCCCUGUGUUUUCUCAGCCAAAUUCACUGAGGAUUGGGGCAGCAGGAGAACUUGGGUCACUUGGGAUGGAAAGCCAAACUUUGAUCACCUGCUGCAGAAGUUUGGAGAAGCUGUAGUUCCUGUUGCCAACUGUGAUGUCAAGGAGUACAAUUCCAACCCAAAGGAGGAGCUGCUCUUCAAGGAGUACAUCAAGUACUGGAAAGAGUACAUUAGGAAUGGCUACCGCUCCUCCCGAGGCUGCCUUUACCUGAAGGACUGGCACCUGAGCAGAGCUUUCCCUGCUCAAGAUGUGUAUACAACCCCUGUGUAUUUCUCCUCUGACUGGCUGAAUGAGUACUGGGAUGCUGUAGCCGUGGACGAUUACCGCUUUGUCUACAUGGGACCUAAAGGUUCAUGGACUCCCUUCCACGCCGACGUCUUCCGUUCCUACAGCUGGUCAGCCAACAUCUGUGGGAGAAAGAAGUGGCUGCUGUACCCUGCAGGGCAGGAGGAGUUCCUGAAGGACCAUCAUGGCAACUUGCCCUUUGAUGUAACUGCACCAAGCCUCCAGGACAGGAGCGUUUACCCUCGCUACAACCAAAGUCAGCCCCCUGUGGAGAUUGUGCAGGAAGCAGGGGAGAUAGUCUUCAUCCCCAGUGGGUGGCAUCAUCAAGUUUACAACCUGGAGGACACCAUUUCCAUCAACCACAACUGGGUGAAUGGCUGCAAUGUGGCCAUCAUGUGGUGCUUCCUGCAGGAUGAACUGGCAGCUGUCCAGAGGGAAAUCAAUGAGUGGAAGGACCCCGUGGAUGAUUUGCACCUACAGUGCCAGCUGAUCAUGAAGUCCUGCACGGGUAUAGACUACAAAGAAUUCUACAACUUCCUCAAAGUCAUUGCAGAGAACAGGAUUUCUGUCUUGGAGAAGGGCCUGGAUGAUGAAGCUUCAGCAAAGGACACCCCCAAAGCUGCCAUUUCCACCUUGGGCAUGCUGCAUGCUGUGUUUGAUUUGAAGAGGACUGUGAAGGUGUUGACAUCAUUGAGUGCUAAUGAAGACUUCAAGAAGCUGGACCUGACCUCACUCUCUCCACCUCCGGAGGCACUGCUCCACCACUUGAAAGCAGCAAUAGACACAGCUCUGCUCUAGCUUCCUAUUUGUCAGCCCUCUGUCAGAUGAACCUUCUGCAGCGUGGGUGGCUGUGGAAGUCUGCAGGCUCCUCCCUGUUUAAGAGCUGUUGAAGUACAAAGAGCCUGAGCAGGGAGUGGGGAGAGAGCACCUUCACAAGGCUGAAUCCUUCUGCCAGUAUUCAGGGCAAAACCAACUCAGAUAAAGGGGAGGGGGAGAAAAACCAAAACCAAAUCCUGUUAAUAUUUGCAGCCCUGCUGAUGCUUUUUAUGCACUCAGGGAAUGGAACAGAAAUUCUCUGUGGAUCAAGUUUACAUCUGUCAGGGCUACACACUGAGGCUGCAGUGCCCUGUACCAUAUUCCCUCUGCUUGAGAGCACUGUACACAGACAGCAAACUCCCAGCAGCUAAGCUUCACAGCUAAAUUACUUUAAGAUCUGUCCUAAAAAACUCAGCUUUUCCUUUUCUUCUUGAGCUUUCCCUUGCAGCCUGGGCUGGCCUAGCAGCUGCACCCUGGCUGGGGAAGAGCUGGCUGUACCCAUCCUGUACAGUGAUAGCUCUCUAGAGCUGAAAGUCUCAGGUAGGCUCAGCCUUCACACUACUCCAGGACACACAGGGUUCAGUCUGACACAGCAAUCAGGAAGCUGAAGCCCUGCUUUUUGCAGGGCAGGUGACAAAUCUGCCACUUUCAUCACAGGACCCACCCAAGCUCAGAAGGAGAAACUUGGCUGUACUCUCCUUUCUACACAGCUCCUUCAAGGCACAGUACUUUAGCAAGCAGAGAUCUGAUCAGUCAGGGAAGCUGGCACACAGCCUCUCAC